CAGAGGGUAAGUUGGUCCACAGAACCACAUAAACCUCAUCUUCUUCUUCAUCCAGAAUCUAUCUUCUCCGUCCUUCCCAAACCGAAGCAGAAAUGGCGCUCAAUCUAACCAACACCUUCCUCCAAGGACAUUCCUGCCCACGGGUCCUCCCUCCCAAGAAGGUCUCCAAUGUUGUCGGGUCGGGGAGUUUCCGGCCUGUGGUGACGUGCAGGAAGAAGGAGAUACACCCGGAGUUCUACGAGGACGCCAAGGUGUACUGCAAAGGAGAGCUCGUCAUGACCACCGGUGGGACCCAGAAGGAGUACGUGGUGGAUAUCUGGUCCGGUAACCACCCCUUCUACCUCGGCAACCGGUCGGGUCUGCUGGUCGACGAUGACCAGGUCGAGAAGUUCAGGAAGAAGUACGGCGGGCUCACGGAGAUUAUGGAUAUUCCGGUGCUCAAAGGAGAGAUUGUGCUGCCCUCUAGGAAAAAAGGGGCUGGGAAAGGAGGCAAGAAGAAGUAGAACAACCCACACCCAAACAAAUUAUGUGCAAGCUCUUUGCUUCUGCUUUGCUUUGCUUCAACUAUCUGAGAUUUUUAGGUGGAUGCUAAAAAUUCAAGCUUCAAGGUGUGUAUUUUGUGAAAUGGAAUAGAAUUGAAUUUCAAUGCUGAUUCUGAUUCUGUGCUCGGCGUACUCCCAUUUUUCGCAUUGGACAUUUUUUUUCUUUAAUCUAUUGUAAGUUUUCGAGCAUGUUUGUUCUUUAAUCUAUUGUAACCAAAAGUAUAUAUAGUUUUCGAGUAUAGGAUGAAGAUGCAUUGAGCUGUGAAUCCGUGGAAAUUAGGAAAGCCAAGUGCUGUUUAUAUCUA